AUGUAUUCAGUUACAGCUAUGUCCGUCACUGAAGAAAACUCACGGCCGCCUUUGGUCACACAAAAAAGCGAUGCCGAGAAGAGGAAAAAUUCGAUCAAGCGAAAGGUACAAUUCUGA